AUGGUGCAGAUUGUCAUUUCCAGUACAGGUGCUGGAAGCUUGGCACAGUGGGUGCUGGUGGAGCUGCAGGGUGAGAUUGAGCCCCGGCAGAGUGGUGAGCUGGCAGGGAGCCUGCUGGGAGACCUGCAUUACACCCAUGAGGGUGUCCCUGUGCUCAUCGUGGGCCACCACAUCCUCUACGGGAAGAUGGUGCAGCUAGAGAAGCCUUUUGCUGUCCUGGUGAAGCAGGGAGCUGGUGAGCCUGGCACCAAUCCCAGCUCCACAGAGCCACACACCUGCUACAGCGUCACUGCCCUCAUCAAAACCAAACUCCUCUUCAAAACCCGCCCCAAGCCCAUCAUCACCAACAUCCCCAAGAAGGUGUGA